AUGGAUCUUGAAAGAAGUACAAGUCAAACUGAGAACAAUCCUAUGGCCAUGAAAAAUCAUUAUAUCCUUGAUUCAUUUCAAAAAGUAUCUAAUAUUAGAGUCCCAUUAGCACCCACUAUUAAAUUCGAAAUACAUCUAAGAAUUUUUCAAAUGCUCCCUAAUUUUUAUGGAUUGCCUUUAGAGGAACCUCAUCAGGACUUAGAAAAAUUUCACAUGGUAUAUGAUUUAGUUAAUCUCCCUCAAGUUACACCAAAAAUUCUUAAGAUGAAAUUAUUUCCUCAUACACUUAGGGACAAAGCUAGCCAUUGGCUAUCCACAUUAGAUAGAGAAUUAACUAGUUGGAAAGACAUAAAAUAGGCCUUUCUUCGAAAAAUUUAUCCCUUAAGAAAAACUCAAAAUAUGAGAAAACAUAUAUGAAGUUUUUCUCAAAGACCAAGAGAAACUUUACAUGAGACAUGAGAAAAAUUCAAAGAUUUACUUAGAAAGUGUCCUCAUCAUGUUAUACCUAAGUGGCAACUCAAUAGAACUUUUUAUGAUGGAUUAUUAGAACAACAUAGAAAUAUGGUUGAUUCUAUAUGUGGAGGAGCUUUUAUGAAAAAAACCAUUGAUGAGAUUUACAGUCUUUAUGAGAAUUUAAGCAAAAAUUCUAGAGAUCAAACCUCUUUUGAAUUAUAUGACAGGGAUAAGAAGAGAGGAAUUUAUGAAUUGCAUCAUGAUGAUGAUUCUAAUUUAAAAAAUGAGGUUAAUUAGAUUAAUCAAAGAUUAGAAAAUUUUAAUUUACUUAUUGACAAUAUUAGAAAGCCUCUUAACCCUCAAUUUAAUUUAAAUAAUACAUGUCCUAUGUAUGGUGAAAAUGAUUAUUCUGAAUUUUAAUAGUAUAAUUUAGAUCAAUUAUUUUACCCUAUACAAGAACAAGUGCAAGUAGCUCACGGUUUUAAUAGAAAUAGGGAGCCUUUUUUAAAUUCUUAAAAUCUUAUUUGGAGGAAUAAUUUUUCAUGGAGAAACCCAAAUAAUAUUCAAAAUCCAAAAGCACUUAGACCCAAUUCAAACUCUGAAUUUUGUCCAAAAUAAGAAAAUAGAUUUCAGAAAAAUCAGCCCUCUCAAACCCAACCUAAUACUAUGGAAAUGAUGCAGCAAAUGAGUCAAAUGAUGCAACAAAGUAUGAAUCAAAUGAUACUGUAGCAGAAACAAAUGAUAGAGGCUCUUGGGAAUAAGAGAGAAGAGAGACAACUACCUAGUCAGCUCAUAGAAAAUCCACGGCCCAACAAUAAGAUUUUAGCAAGGGGAGUCUAGUAGCAUCAAUCUAGAAAAAACUCAUGAAAUGAAAAUAUUAGGACAGUGAAUAUAUUAAGGAGUGAUAAGAUCUUACCUGAUCCUUAUCCCCAAACAUUAGAAGAAAAGGAAAACAUGGACAACCCAAAACAAAAUCAAAUAGGAGUAGAAGAGGAUUUUAUAGAUUCUACCAAAGAAAUUUCGAAAGAGAGGACAACCAUUCUAUUUCCUAAAGCUCUAGAGCCUAGACAAAAAAGAAAAGAAACACAAUGAAGAAAUAAAGAAAAUUUUACAAGAUGUGUAAAUUAGUCUUCCUUUACUCACUACCAUUGAACAUAUUCCUGAAUAUGGUAUAGUUUUGAAAGAAAUGUGUACACCAAAAAAGACACCUAGAGUAGAAAAAUUAUCUAUGCAUGCUAGUGCUUUAUUGUUAAAUCAAUUACCAUAUAAAUUGAGAGAUACAAGUGCCCCUUUAAUUUCGUGUGAUAUUGGUGGAUCCAUUUUUCAGAAUGCAUUACUUGACACCGGUGUUAGUAUUAAUUUAUUAUCUACAAGUAUUUGUGAUAAAUUUAAUAUUACUGAUCUUAAACCUUCUAUUGUUACCUUACAAUUUGUUGAUAGAUCCAUAAAACAUCCUAAAGGUAUUGUAGAAGAUGUGAUAGUGAUAGUUAUAGGGUAUAAAUUUCCAACUGAUUUUGUAGUGCUGGAAAUAGAUUUUAAUGGACAAUUUGAUAAUACACCAAUCAUCCUAGGGAGACCAUUUUUGUAUACACUAAAGAUGAAUAUUGAUUUUCUCAUAGGUAUUACAAAAAUUUCAUGUGAAGAUCAAUUAGUAGAAAUUAAAAUUUUUGAGGUAGCAAAUGAUCUUAAGAAAUCUCAAGUAUAUGAUUGUCAUAUCAUAGAUCUUCUAGAUGAUUUUGAUGAUCCAUAUGUUAUUGAUGACUGUGUGCUAGAAGAAUUAGAGGAAAUAAAGAAUAUAAAUUUGGGAGAAAGAAAGAGGAAGAUCAUCUGAAUUUAGAGUUGAAACCUCUUCCUUCUAGUUUUAAAUAUAUGUUUUUGGAGGAACAUAAUUCAUUUUCUGUUAUUAUUGCAACUGAUUUGAGUGAUGAACAAGAAGAAGAAUUAUUAAAUGUACUUCACAAAAAUAAGAAGGCUAUUGACUGAAAAAUGAAUGAUCUAAGGGGCAUUGAUAUGAGUGUAUGCAUGCAUAGUAUAUAUCUAGAGGAGGGGGCUAUAUCUAGAAGAUUAAAUCCUAACAUGAUGAAAAUUGUAAAAAAAAGAAAUUUUAAAGUGGCUGGCUCCUGAUAUUAUUUAUCCUAUUUUAGAUAGCAAAUGGGUUAGUCCUACACAAGUGGUGCCAAAAAAAUUAGGGAUCACAUUUAUAAAAAAUGAAAAUAGGAAUGAAAUACAAACAAGAUUAACUACCGAUUGGAGGGUUUGCAUUGAUUAUAGAAAAUUAAAUUCAGUUACUAGAAAAGAUCAUUUUCCCUUACCAUUUAUAGAUCAAAUUCUAGAAAAAUUAGUUGGAAAAAACUUUUUUUGUUUUCUAGAUGGAUACUCCGGUUAUAAUCAAAUUUAUAUAAACCUUUUAGAUCAAGAAAAAACAACUUUCACUUGUCCAUUUGGUACUCUUGCUUUUAAAUGCAUGUCUUUUGGUCUAUGUAAUGCUCCAGCCACAUUUCAAAGAUGUAUGCUGUCUAUUUUUUCUGAUAUGACUGAAAAAUGCAUGGAAAUUUUAUGGACGAUUUUUUUAUUUUAUGUGAAUCAUUUGAUGAAUGCUUAAAUCAUUUACAGCACGUACUUGAGAAAUGUAUAGAGAAAAAAUUAGUUUUGAGUUUGAAGAAAUCACAUUUUAUGAUUUGAGAAGGAGUUGUGUUGGGUCAUAUUGUGAGUGAAAGGGGUUUAGAGGUGGAUAGAGCAAAAAUUGAUAUUAUGUCUAAAAUAAAACCUCCAAAUUCAGUAAAAUAGAUUAGAUAUUUCUUGGGUCAUGCAGGUUAUUAUAGAAAAUUUAUUCAAGAUUUUUCGAAAAUUUCUAAACCUCUCACCAUGUUAUUAUCUAAAGAUGUGCCUUUUAAUUUUGAUGAGAAAUGUUUUGAGUAUUUUUCUGAAAUAAAAAGAUUACUUACUGAGGCACCUAUUUUACAAGCUCUUGAUUGGUCCUUUCCCUUUGAAAUAAUGUGUGAUGUAUCAAAUUAUGUAGUAGGGCCAUUCUAGAACAAACAAAAGAGUCAAAACCCAUAAUAAUUUCAUAUGCUAGUAAAACUAUAAUAGAUGCUCAAUUAAUUAUACUACGACUGAAAAAGAGUUGUUAGCUAUAGUAUUUUUGUUAGAAAGGUUUAGAUCAUAUAUUUUGGGAGCUUAAAUUAUGAUUUAUACUGAUCAUGUAGUAUUAAAAUAUUUGUUAAAUAAAAAAGAUGCAAAGCCACGUUUAUUAAGAUGGAUUUUAUUAUUACAAAAAUUUGACUUAGAAAUAAAAGAUAAAAAGGUUUCGAGAAUGUUGUUGCUGACCAUCUUUCUACAGUGAGUGAUACAGGAAUAAAUGCAGCACCUUUACAAGAUGCAUUUCCAGAUGAACAAUUGAUGGAGCUCAACAUUAACCAUCACCAUGCUAUGCACAUAUUGUUAAUUUUCUAGCUUCUAGAAAAAUUCUAAAAUAGUGGGAUAAGAAUAGAAAGCAUCAUUUCUUUUCUAAAAUUAGAAAUUAUUUUUAGCAUGAUCCUGAUUUAUAUUACUUGGACAAUGAUCAAAUUUUAAAGAGAUGUGUUCUUGAAGAAGAAUAUCAUAGCAUUAUUAACAUGUGCCAUUCAUCUAACUAUGGAGGACAUUUCUCUAGACGAAACACAGUUGCAAAAAAAAUUCAGUGGUUUUUAUUGGCCUAAAAUCAUUAGAGAUUCUAUAGAAUUUAGUAGAACAUGUAUUUCAUGUCAAUCUAUAGGUAACAUGAGUAAAAAAGAUGAAAUGCCCAAGAGUAACAUGUUAGUAGUCGAAAUUUUUGAUGUAUGGGGAAUAGAUUUCAUGGGUCCCUUCCCAUCAGCUGAAAAAUAUGGAUAUAUUUUGCUUGCUAUUGAUUAUGUGUUGAAGUGGGUGGAAGCUAUUACUACUAGAACUAAUGAUCAUAAAAUCGUGAUGAAAUUUGUGCAAGAAAAUAUUUUUUCGAGAUUUGGAUGUCCUAGAGUGAUUAUUAGUGAUGAAGGAACAUAUUUUACAAAUAAACAUUUCAGGGAACUAUUGAAAAAGAAUGGAGUACACCAUAGAGUAGCCACUUCAUAUCAUCCCCAAACAAAUGGGCAACCUGAAGUAGCAAAUAGAGAAAUUCAGAGAAUUUUGAGAAAAAUAAUUAGACCAGAUAGGAAAGAUUGGCCCACAAAAUUACAAAAUGCAUUAUGGGCUUAUAGAACAGCUUAUAAAAAUCCAAUAGGUAUGUCCCCAUUUAGUCUCAUUUUUGGAAAGUCAUAUCAUCUUCUUGUGGAAAUAGAGCAUAAAGUAUUAUGGGCUAUAAAAAAAUUUAUGUAUGGAUAAAAAAUCAGCUGGUGGACAUAAAAAAAUUUAGCUACAUGAACUAGAGGAGUUGAGGAAUGAAGCUUAUGAAAAUCAUGGAAUAUAUAAAGAAAAAAUUAAAAAAAUUUCAUGAUAAAUAUAUUAAUAGAAAAAAAAUUGAUGUUGGACAAAAAGUGUGGUUAUAUGAUUCUAGGCUGAAAUUAUUCCUAGAAAAAUUAAAAUCAAAAUGGACAGGGCCUUAUGUGGUGGAAGAGACAUAUGAUCAUGGGGCUGUAAUAAUUAAAGAUCCUAAAAGUGAUCAUAACUUUAAGGUAAAUAGACAGCGGCUUAAACAUUACAUAGAACAUGAACACCUUGCAGAAAAAGAAAUUUUAUUAUUAAAAGAAAUUCAAGAGUAAGAUCAAGGUGUCCAGCUGAAGACAUUAAAUUCAGUGCCGCAUGGGAGGCAACCCAUGGUUUUUAUUUCAUUUUGUUUGAUUUUUUUUUAAGCUUUCUUUUUCUUAAAAUUUCGUAGUACUUGUUUCUGUAUUUGUUUUUCUUCAAAGAAGUGCAAGAGUGUAAGAUGAAGUGGAAAAUUGAAAACGAGGUUGAGGUGAUGUAUUUCUGAGCUUUAUCAUUUAUGACAACAUUUUUAAUGCUUAACUUUGCAUAUAUGUAUGCUUCACUUGAAAAUUAUAUUUUCUGCAUAUUUUGUUUCGAUUUUUCUGUGUCAUUGAGGACAAUGUUAUUUUUAAGUUGGGGGUGAAGUAUUAAUUAUUAAUUUAUGCUGUAGGAUGAUUAAAAAUAUGUGUUUGCAUUUUAUUUUUUAUUCUUUCAUGCUCACAUAGAAUAGCAACUAAAAAAAUUAAAAUAAAAUAAAAUUCAGAAAAACUACAAUAUCUAUUUUUUGGUUUUCUGUUAGGAACAACAGAUUGUCAAAAACAGCAAACAAAAAACAAUCUGAAAUUUAAAAUUCUAGAGACCUUUUUCUCACAUUUCAAUCCCCUAGACAUAUAUUACUGAAAUUCGAAAUUACAACUAUAAAGAGGAUAGUUUUGAUUUAUUUUUGACAAAUUUAUUGUUGCUAAAAACAGAACUAAAAACGGAAAACAGAACUGUUAGAACUAUCGUUCUAAAAAUAGAAGAGCAUGUGUUGAGUUGUUUUCCUUCUCACAAUAAUCAUUCAAUUUAUUUAUCAACCAAUGUUUUUCAUAUUACACUAUACUGUGAAUGAUAAGUCUUCAUUAUCAUGAGUUAAUAAUUAGUAAAUAAUAUAUUUUUAGCCUUAACUCAUGAUAAAUAGACUUAUAUUUGUGUUAAAAUGUGAAAAGUGGUUUUAAGUUGAUUAAUGUAAAUUUUUGAGUAAUUAUGUGGUUUUAUACAAAUUUAUAUGAUUUUUACAGUCUCACUUUUGAGAUAAAUGAAGAAAAAGAAAUAAAAAUAAAAAUAUAACAAAAUAGUGGGCACCCGCCGGCCAGCCGGGCCCGCAAGUGGGUCGGAAGCGCAAUUGGGGAGUAGCCGCGAGCAAGGACUCAAGCAGCUAGGACAGAUAGGGGCACAUGUACGCCACUCCCCUUUCACAUCAUUGAUGGCCAACCAGCUAUGGGGCAAAGAGUGGUUAUACACGCGUGAGAAAGGGACUUGCUUGUAAAUGUAAUAUUAGUAUAUAUUCGUCCAAAACUUCGGCGCACAAGCAAUGUGGGACUAAACCCGCGUCACACCUUCCCUAGAAAGGGUUUGAUGAUUUUGAUACCUAAAAUACCCCUUAUUUAUAAUAGGGAUAUACCACGAUAAUGUCAUUAGAUAAGGGCAUUAGAGUACUUAUGUCAAUCUCUCUCAUGCAAGAGCAACUAGUGUGGGUUCGAAUCCUCCUAAAGCCAAAACUCAUAUUUUUUAUCUAAUUAUCACGACUUUCUUGCAGAUCGCUAAUGAAGCAUUAAGUCACCAAAAUCACUAGAUCAUCAAUGAAAAUCUCGUCAAUGUGAUUCGCGAAGCAUUGUUACUAAAAUUGUUGAACUAUUCGCAAUAAAAGGAUCGCGAAUCCAUCGAGUAAAGUAUCUCCAAUUGAUCGACGAACAAGCCGUCGUCAAGAUAAGGACGAUCUACCGGGAGACGAGUCACCACCUCCUGAGAUCAUACUAGAUGCAAUGAAGAGCCUCUUCUUGCUGUGCAGAGUUGAGGAUGAAGCUCCCUAAUACGCGCCCCACCUCCAUCCAACUCCUCUCUGUCGGGUGACAGCCACUAGAGAGCCGCAAAGUCACUAUUUUUCUGCUCCGCCGGGUGACAAUCACCAGAGAUGAUUCAAGGACCAAUUUCAUUGAUCUCUAAACUUCGCAAGGAGAUCUAGAGAUUGCCCACGUCGUCCUUAUCCAAGGAGAGCCUUUGAGGCAGUAGACACUACACGACGAUCCUCCCAAAUGCUUAGGAUUUUGGUACAUCGCCAAUGCAUCGCUACCCCGACGUUAGAACUCUAUUUUCCUACUUUCAACUUAAUUUCUACUUCAUUUAAUGAUAAUUUAUGUGAUUUAAAUUUACCAAGAUAUACUUCAUUCAAUUACGAUUCUUCUGGCUUUUACAAAUCUUAAUUUGAUCAAUUAAAUCGUCUAUAAUUGCUUACGUAAGAAUCGUCAGACAAGACUCUAUUUUUGUCCAAUUCGCAUUCGUUAGGCACUGAUGUCAUCGUGAAGUCCGCACCCUUAUUUCUCUUUUUUGUGAAUUUUAAAUAUAUUUUAUUUUCAUUUCCUAGUAUACAAUUCAUAGAAAAUAGUAUUCUUUGAAGAAAAUUUUAAAUAAUUACCUGAUAUUAUAUUACAUCGCUGUGAUGGACCUAGAAAAUUACCACUAUAUUUGGAAGUUUUAUUGAAUUAUAAUUAAUAUAUUUGUUCAGAAAUACUUCUAAAUAUCCAAAAAUUUGUAUGUUCUAGUUUUAUAAAUUUUAAAUUUACAUGAUUUACUAUACAACGACUAAGUCACAUCACCUCCCAACACCUACAUAUUGCCUCUUGGUGCCCCACUAAUAAGUCUUCAUUAUCAUGAGUUAAUAAUUAGUAAAUAAUAUAGUUUUAGCCUUAACUCAUGAUAUAUAGACUUAUAUUUGUGUUAAAGCGUGAAAAGCAAUUUUUAGUCGAUUAACGUGAUUUUUUGGUUAAUUAUGCAAUUCUCUACGAAUUUAUAUAAUUUUUAUAGUCCUAUUUUUGAGAUAAAUGAAGAAAAAGAAAUUAAAAUAAAAAUAUAAAAAAAGGGAAGACCCACCAGCCAGCCGGGCUCGCAAGUGAGUUGAAAGUAUAGUCAAGGGGAGCCGCAAGCAGGGGCUCGAGUGGCUAGGACUGAUGGGAGCACAUGUGCGCCACUCCCCUUCCACAUCACUAAUGGUCAACUAGUUGUGAGGUAAGGAGUGGUCGUAUACAUAGUAGAAAAAAACUCAUUGCUUGUAAAUGUGAUAUUACUCUAUAUUCAUCCAAAACUUUAGUGCACAAACGAUGUGGGGCUAAACCCACGUCACACCUUCUCCCGAAAGGCUUCAAAGAUUUUAAUACUUAAACUAUCUCUUUGUUAUAAUAGAGAUAUAUCAUGAUGACGUCACUUGAUAAAGGCAUUAGAGUAUUUAUUUCAAUCUCUCUCAUACGUGUGGGCAACCGGUGCGGGUUCAAAUCCUACUAGAGCUCAAACUCAUAUUUUUAUCUGAUUAUCGUGACUUUCUAGUAAAUCGUCGGUGAAAGAUUAAGCCGUUAGAAUCGCUCCAUCAUCAGCAAAAAUCUUGUCAAUGCGAUUCGUAGAGUAUUGUUAUUAAAAUUAUUGAAUGAUUCAUGAUAAAAGGAUCAUAAAUUCAUCAAGUAAAUCAUCUCCGAUUGAUCGAUGAACAAGCCGUCGUAAUAUAUAUCCUGACGUUCGCACCCUUAUUUCAUUUUUUCAUGAAUUUUAAAUAUAUUUCAUUUUUAUUUCUCAAUAUAAAAUUCAUAAAAACUCAUAUUCUUUGAGAAAAAUUCUGAAUAGUUACCCAAUAUUAUAUUACAUCCUUGUAAUUGACUUAAAAAAUUAUCACUAUUUUUGAAAGUUUUAUUGAAUUAUAAUUGAUAUAUUUAUUCAGAAAUACUUCUAAAUAUCCAAAAAUUGAUAUUUUCUAGGUUUAUAAAUUUUAAAUUUGUGUGAUUUACUAUACAAGGACUAAGUCACGUUAGUACUCCACUAUUCCUAAGAUUUGUUGUAUCGACAAUGCUAUGGAAUUAGUCCAAGAUUCACUUCACACAUUUUGUGUUGACCGUGGUAUUUUUCAUCAAACCAUGUGUCCACACACAUCCCAACAAAAUGGUGUUGCCGAAUGAAUACAUCACUAACUACUUAAUAUUAUUUGCAUACUACUCAUUGAGAUGAAUGUUCCUCAUUAUUUGUGGUGUAAUGCCCUUCUGACAGUCAUAUAUCUCUAGAAUUGAUGUCCUUCCACUCCACUUAGUGGGGUCAUUUCACUUCAUCGUCUUUCACUAAAUUCUUUUCUUUUUUUCUUACCCCCUUGUGUCUUUAAACGCACUACUUUCGUCCAAGACCAUUCUCCUUCUCUUUCUAAAUUGACCCCUCAUGCUCUCAAAAGGGUCUUUGUUAGUUACUCAUAGACACAAAAGGGUUAUCAGAUCUAUUUUCUUGAUACUCAUUGCUAUGUGACAUCAGCUAACAUUAUUUUUCAUGAGUCUCUCUUCUUUUCUCCAACAUCGACUCCUCGAUCUGCUUCAUCUUCACCACCUAAUUUUCUUCAUGUGGUGAUCAUUGUAGAUCCCUCUCUUACUCUUCUUACUUGUCUAGUUUCUUCCUCGUCCACUCCUCCUUCAAUACCUUCGGCUUCAUCACCAUCUGACUCUUCUACUCUAGGAUCAGAUUCAUCUUCACCCUUUGUCGACGAGCCUUCUCCAAUCGUCUCUUCUAACACAAGUGGAUGACCUUCAUCUUCCUAUUGCUGUCUGCAAAGGUACACAUGUAUGCACCAGACAUCCUAUUUCCCACUUUAUUUCCUACGACUGUUGAUAAGUCUUCAUUAUCAUGAGUUAAUAAUUAGUAAAUAAUAUAGUUUUAGCCUUAACUCGUGAUAAAUAGACUUAUAUUUGUGUUAAAGUGUGAAAAGUGGUUUUCAGUUGAUUAAUGUGAUUUUUUGGGUAAUUAUGUGAUUUUAUACGAAUUUAUAUGAUUUUUACAGUCUUACUUUUGAGAUAAAUGAAGAAAAAGAAAUAAAACUAAAAUAUUGCAAAAUGUGGGGGGACCCGCCGGCCAGCCGGGCCCGCAAGCGGGUCAGAAGCACAGUCGGGAGUAGCCGCGAGCAGGGGCUCGAGCGGCUUCGCUUGGACCGAUAGGGGCACGUGUGUGCCACUCCCCUUCCACGUCACCGGUGGCCAGCCGGCUGUGGGGCAAGGAGUGGUCGUACACGCGAGAGAAGGGACUUUGCCUGAAAAGCUAAUAUUACUAUAUAUCGCCUGAAAAAUCGGCGCACAACCGAUGUGGGACUAAACCCACGUCACACCUUCCUCAGAAGGGGGGCCGGACAACCGACGCGGGUUCGAAUCCUCCCAGAGUCAAAAUUUAUAUAUUUUUAUCUGAUUAUCGCGACUUUCCUGCAGAUCGCCGGUGAAGGAUUAAGCAACUAGAAUUGUUGGAUCAUCGGCGAAAAUCUCGUCAACGCGAUUCGCGGAGCAGUGCUACUAAAAGGAUCGUGAAUCCAUCGAGUAAAUCAUCUCCGAUUGAUCGACGAACAAGCCGUCGUCGGGAAGAGGACGAUCCGCCGGGAGACGAGUCGCCACCUCCUGAGAGCGUACCAGAUGCGAUGAAGAGCCUCCUCUUGCUGCGCGGACCUGAGGAUGAAGCUCCCUGACACGCGCCCCACCUCCAUCCAGCUCCUCUCCGUCGGGUGACAGCCACCGGAGACGACUCAGCGACCCAUUUCAUUGAUCUCUAGACUUCGCGAGAAGAUCUAGAGAUUGCCCACGUCGUCUUUGUCCAAGGAGAGCCUUCGAGGCCGUGGACACUGCACAACGAUCCUCCCGAACGCUCAAGAUUCCGGUGCAUCGCCGAUGCAUCGCCGUCGCGACGCCGGAACUCUGUUUUCCUGCUUUCAACUUACUUUACGCUUCAUUUAGUGAUAGUUUUUGUGAUUUUAAUUUACAAAAAAAUUACUUUGUUCUAUUACGAUUCUUCCGGCUUUUACAGAUCUUAAUUUGAUUAAUUAAAUCGUCUGUAAUCGCUUACGUAAGAAUCGCCGGACAGAACUCUGUUUCCGCCCGAUUCGCGUUUGCCGGGUGUUGACGUCAUCUUGAUGCCCGCACCCUUAUUUCCCUUUUUCGUGAAUUUUAAAUAUAUUUCCUUUUUAUUUCCUAGUAUAAAAUUCAUAGAAAAUCGUAUUUAUUGAGAAAAAUUCUGAAUAAUUACCAGAUAUUAUAUUACACCCCUGUAAUUGACCUGGAAAAUUACCGCUAUUUUUGGAAUUUUUAUUAAAUUAUAAUUGAUAUAUUUAUUUAGAAAUACUUCUAAAUAUCCAAAAAUUCGUAUUUUCUAGUUUUAUAAAUUUUAUAUUUGCAUGAUUUAAUAUACAACGACUGAGUCAUGUCAACUGUCUUUCUCUUUCCUUUCAUACCUUUGCUCUUUCCGUGGCCUCCGAGUCAAUUCCACAAUCGUAUGUUAAGGCUGCAUAGGUACCUAAAUAGAAGGUAGUCAUGAACUUGGAGGUGGAUGCCUUCAUGUCUUAGAGAACUUGACACUUGUAUCUCGUCCACGUGAUGCCAACAUCGUUAUGUGAAGAUGGGUUUUCACACUCAGGUAUAACCCAAAUGGAUCUAUUAUACGUUACAAGGCUUGUUUGAUUGCUCAUAGAUUCACGCAGGCUUAUGACAUUAACUAAACUGAGAUGUUCUCUCUAGUGGUUCAACUCAACUCUAUUCGAGUGAUACUCUCUUUAAUAGUGAAUUAGGUAUGGUGUUUAUAUCAGUUGAAUGUUUCUAAUAUCUUUCUCUACGGUGACCUUGAGGAACAAGUGUUUAUGGAGCAACCUCUUGAGUAUGUUGCUCAGAGGGAGUCAUUGAAGGUAUGUCUUUUGUAGAGUGUCAUUUACAAACUUAAACAAAAUCCAUGUAUCUGAUUUGCUAAGUUCAAUGGUCUUCUAACGCAAUUUGGAUUCUCACCAUGUCUUGCAAAUUCCACAGUACCUGCAAACACUACUGAAUCCAGCAUUAUCAUCCUAGUUAUUUAUGUGGACGAUAUUCUUGUGACAAGAAGAGAUGAAGUGAUAAGAUGAAAUCGAGGGUCGUUGAAAAGCCCCAAAAUCAGUUGAUCAAAAAUAUUUAGAAUCAUGAAUUUACCAAAUUAAAAUACUAAAAUAGGUAAGUACUAUGGCAAGUUCGAGGUCGAUCCACAAGGAAUGAAAAUUAGGCAUUAAUUAGUUAGUAUUUCAUUUGAUUGCUCGAUUUAAAUCAAAUGAACUCAAAGGAGAGGCAAUAGUAAGUAAGAAAGAUUUUCACCGUCGGAAAAGGGGGAAACAGAAUUCAGUGAUGUAGAAGACGAUUAAAGGGAGAUAACACUUACAAAUGAAUCGUAAUACAAAGUUAACAUCAUACCUUUAUCUAUUCAAACCUACGAAAGUUAGAUGGUCGUUCACACUCAAAAUACAUCAGACAUGGAGAAACUUACCUUGGGCCUCUAUAUUUUUGCCAAGGCUAGGGGAUUUUCCCUUCGAGUACACUUUUUCGACAAUCUCAACUACAAACCAAAGCUUGAAUCAAGUCAAAACACAUCAAGAUUGAUAUGGAACCUCAAUGCAGUUUCAUUCAAGCCGACCAAACAUCGGAAUAUUUGAAGUUAGGUUUUCAGCCCCUAAACAACAACCUAUAUUUAUGCAUUAAUAUCUUAUAUAUAGAUGCUAAUUAAUGGGUAGAUAAUAAAAUUAUACAUGUGUUACCAACUCUUUAUGACAUUCAUAAUGUUUUACCAUUUAGGUCCUAAUAUAUAUUAUUAUACUUAUUUUAUUUAUAUUAUGAGACUAACCCCACGACUUUUAGGAAGUCAAGUGGUGAUUCUCUCACACUUUUCUUGAUAAUUAUUUGACUACAAGGAUUUAAGUAAACUCUUAUUAUGUGUUAAAUUGUGAAAAGUGAUUUUCAAUUGAUUAACGUGAAUUUUUGGUUAAUUAUGUGAUUUUAUCUGAAUUUAUAUGAUUAUUAUAAUCCUAUUUUUGAGAUAAAUGAAGAAAAAGAAAUUAAAAUAAAAAUAUAGAAAAAAGGGGGGACCCGACGACCAACCGGGCCUGCAAGUGGGUCGGAAGUGCAGUUAGGGGGAGCCACGAGCAGGGGCUCGAGUGGCUAUAGACCGAUGGGGACACAUGUGCGCCACUCCCCUUCCAUGUCACUAGUGGCCAGCCAGCUGUGGGGUAAGGAGUGGUUGUACACGUGAGAAAGAGACUCAUAACUUCUAAGUCUGAUAUUACUAUAUAUUCAUCCAAAACUUCGGCAUACAACCAAUGUGAGACUAAACCCACGUCACACCUUUCUCAAAAUAAUUUUAUUUAUUUUAAUACCUAAAAUACCCCUUAGUUAUAACAGCAAUAUACCAUGAUGACGUCACUUUAUAAGGGUAUUAGAGUACUAAUUUCAAUCUCUCUCAUACAAAUGGACGACCGACGCCAAUUCAAAUCCUACUAGAGCCGAAACUCGUAUUUUUAUCUGAUUAAAUCAUGACUUUCCUACAGAUCAUCAGUGAAGGAUUAAGCCGCCAGAAUUGCUCCAUCAUCAACGAAAAUCUCAUCGACGCGAUUCGCGGAACAUUGUUACUAAAAUUAUUGAACGAUUCGUGAUAAAAGGGUCAUGAAUCCAUCGAGUAAAAGUAUCUCUAACUGAUCGACGAACAAGCUGUCAUCGAGAAGUGGAUGAUCCGUCGGGAAACAAGUCACCACCUCUUGAGAGUGUACCGAAUGUGAUGAAGAGCCUCCUCUUGCUGCGUGGACUUGAGGAUGAAGCUCCUUGACACAUGUCCCACCACCAUCUAGCUCCUCUACGUCAGGUGACAGUCGUCGGAAAACUACAAAGUCAUCAUUUUCCCGCUCUACUAGGUGACUAUUGUCGGAGAUGAUUUGACAACUCAUUUCAUUGAUCUCUAGACUUCGUAAGAAAAUCUAAAGAUUGUUCAUGUCGUCCUUGUCUAAUGAGAGCUGAUAAGUCUUCAUUAUCAUGAGUUAAUAAUUAGUAAAUAAUAUAGUUUUAGCCUUAACUCGUGAUAAAUAGACUUAUAUUUGUGUUAAAGUGUGAAAAGUGGUUUUCAGUUGAUUAAUGUGAAUUUUUGGGUAAUUAUGUGAUUUUAUACGAAUUUAUGUGAUUUUUACAGUCUUACUUUUGUGAUAAAUGAAGAAAAAGAAAUAAUAAUAAUAAUAAGACAAAAUGAGGGGGACCUGCCGGCCAGCUAGGCCCGCAAGCGUGUCAGAAGCGCAGUCGGGGAGUAGCCACAAGUAGGGGCUCGAGUAGCUUGGACCAAUAGGUGCACAUGUGCACCACUCCCCUUCCACAUCACUGGUGGCCAGCCGGUUGUGGGACAAGGAGUAGUCGUACAUGCAAGAGAAGGGACUUGCUUCCAAAAUGUAAUAUUAUUCGCCCGAAACUUCAGCGCACAAACAAUGUGGGGCUAAACCCACGUCACACCUUCCCCAAAAAGCGUUCGAAAAUUUUAAUACCUAAAGGACCCUUUAUUUAUAAUAGAGAUAUACCAUGAUGACGUCAUUUUAUAAGGGCAGUAGAGUACCUAUGUCAAUCUCUCUCAUGUAGGCAGACAACCGGCACGGGUUCAAAUCCUUCUAGAGCUAAAUUCAUAUUUUUUUAUCUGAUUAUCACAACUUUCUUACAGAUCGCUGGUGAAGGAUAAAGCAACCAGAAUCACUAGAUCAUCGGCAAAAAUCUCGUCAACGCGAUUUGCGGAGCAUUGUUAUUAAAAUUGCUGAACGAUUCGUGAUAAAAGGAUCGCGAAUCCAUCGAGUAAAGCAUCUCCGAUUGAUCGACGAACAAGUUGUCGUCGGGAAGAGGACGAUCCACCGGGAGAUAAGUCGCCACCUCCUGAGAGCGUACCAAAUGCGAUGAAGAGCCUCCUCUUGCUGCGUGGACAUGAGGAUGAAGCUCCCUGACACACGCCCCACCUCCAUUCAGCUCCUCUCCGUCGAGUGAUAGCCAUCGGAGAGCCACAAAGUUGCUGUUUUUCUGCUCCGUCAGGUGACAGCCACUGGAGACGAUUCGACGACCCAUUGAUCUCUAGACUUCGCAACGAGAUCUAGAGAUUGCCCACAUCAUCUUUGUCCAAAGAGAGCCUUCGAGGCCGUGGACACCGCACGACGAUCCUCCCGAACGCUCAGAACUCUGGUGCAUUGCCGACGCAUCACUAUUGUAACGCCAUAACUCUGUUUUCCUGCUUUGAACUUACUUUACGCUUCAUUUAGUGAUAAUUUGUGUGAUUUUAAUUUACAAAAAUAUACUUUGUUCAAUUACGAUUCUUCCGUCUUUUACAGAUCUUAAUUUGAUGAAUUAAAUCAUAUGUAAUUGCUUACGUAAGAAUCGUCAGGCGGAACUCUGUUUCCGUCCGAUCGCAUUCACUAGGCACAGACGUCAUCUUGACAUCCGCACCCUUAUUUUCUUUUUUCGUGAAUUUUAAAUAUAUUUUCUUUUUAUUUCUUAGUAUAAAAUUCAUAUAAAAUAAUAUUCUUUGAGGAAAAUUCUGAAUAAUUACCAGAUAUUAUAUUACAUCCCUAUGAUCGACUUGGAAAAUUACCGCUAUUUUUGGAAGUUUUAUUGAAUUAUACUUAAUAUAUUUGUUCAGAAAUACUUCUAAAUAUCCAAAAAUUCGUAUUUUCUAGUUUUAUAAAUUUUAAAUUUACGUGAUUUACUAUACAACGACUAAGUUACGUCAAGAACCUUCGAGGCCAAAGACAUUGCACAACAAUCCUCUCAAAUAUUUAAGAUUCCGGUGCAUCACCAACAUAUCGUCGCCACAACGUCAAAGCUUUAUUUUCUUACUUCCAACUUAACUUUCACUUAAUUUACUGAUAAGUUUUGUGAUUUAAAUUUACUAAAUAAUUUUUCAUUCAAUUACGAUUCUUUUGGCUUUUAUAGAUCUUAAUUUGAUCAAUUAAAUCGUUUGUAAUUACUUACGUAAGAAUCACUAGAUGGAACUCUAUUUUAGCUCGAUUCAUGUUCGUCGGCUGCUGACAUCAUCUUGACAUCCGCACCCUUAUUUUUAUUUUUCACAAAUUUUAAAAUAUAUUUUAUUUUCAUUUCUUAAUUUAAAAUAUAUAUAAAAAAUCAUAUUCUUUGAGAAAAAUUCUGAAAAAUUACGUGAUAUUAUAUUACAUCCAUGUAAUCAACUUGAAAAUUUCUCACUAUUUUUGAAACUUUGAUUGAAUUAUAAUUGAUAUCUUUUUUCAAAAAUACUUCUAAAUAUCCAAAAAUUAGUAUUUUCUAGUUUUAUAAAUUUUGAAUUUGCGUGAUUUACUAUACAACAACUAAGUUACGUCAAAUUUUAGUGCUGUUGUUGGGGAUGUAUUACAUAGUAUUUGUUAUUUUUCUAUUUUUCUCUAAUACAUAAAAAAAUAACUCUUAUUUUUAUUUUCUUCUUACGAAAAAAAGAAUGAAGAGUAGCAAGGCAAGGACUAGAGCAUACUGAAGGAGGAUAAUAGUUAUUAAAAAAAAUUCUGAAAUUUAUUGACUUUUAUGCAUGGUAGAAGAUCCUUGCAUCCAAGGCUAGAAAAUCCUUUUACUAUUUCAUUCAAAACUAAAAAUUCACAAAAAAAAUUAAUUUUGAUAAAUCCUAAAGGAAGUACAAGUCAAACUGAGAACAAUCCUAUGGCCAUGAAAAAUUAUUAUAUCCUUGAUUCAUUUCAAAGAGCAUCUAAUAUUAGAGUCUCCUUAGCACCCACUAUUAAAUUCGAAAUAAAUCUAAAAAUUUUCGAAAUGCUCCGUAAUUUUCAUGAAUUGCCUUUAGAAGAACCUCAUUAGUAUUUAGAAAAAUUUCAUAUAGUUUGUGAUUUAGUUAAUCUCUCUCGAGUUACAUUAGAAAUUAUUAAGAUGAAAUUAUUUCCUCAUACACUUAGGGACAAAGCUAGCCAUUGGCUAUCUACAUUAGAUAGAGAUUUAACUAGUUGGAAAGACAUAGAACAUGCUUAUCUUUGAAAAUUUGAUCCCUUAGAAAAAAACUCAAAAUAUGAGAAAACAUAUAUGACAUUUUUCUCAAAGACUAGGAGAAACUUUGCAUAAGACAUAAAAAAAAUUCAAAGGGUUACUUAGAAAGUGUCCUCAUCAUGCUAUACUCAAGUGACAGCUCAAUAGAAGUUUUUAUGAUGGAUUAUUACAACAACAUAGAAAUAUGAUUGAUUCUAUAUACUGAGGAACUUUUAUGGAGAAAACUACUGAUGAGAUUUAUAGCUUUUAUGAGAAUUUAAGUGAAAAUUCUAGAGAUCAAGCCUCUUUUGAGUUAUUAGAUAGGGAUAAGAAAAAAGAAAUUUAUGAAUUGCAUCAUGAUGAUGAUUCUAAUUUAAGAAAUGAGGUUAAUCAUAUUAAUCAAAGAUUAGAAAAACUUGAUUUACUUAUUGAAAAUAUUAGAAAGUCUACUAAAUUUUAAUUAAACAUAUAUAGUGCAUGUCCUAUGUAUAGUGAAAAUGAUCAUUUCAAAUUUCAAUAUUAUAAUUUAGAUCAAUCAUUUCAUUCUAAGCAAGAGUAAGUGCAAGUAGCCUAUAGCUUUAAUAAAAUAGGGAGCCUUUUUCUAAUUCUUAUAAUCCUAAUUAGAGAAAUAAUUUUUCAUAGAGAGACCCAAAUAAUAUUCAAAAUUCAAAAGUACUUAAACCCAAUUCAAACUCUGAAUUUCAUCCAAAAUAAGAAAACAGAUUUCAAAAAAAUCAGCCCUCUCGAACCUAACCUAAUGCUAUAGAACUGAUGCAGCAAAUGAGCCAAAUAAUGGAGCAAACUAUGAAUCAAAUGAUGUUGCAGUAGAAAAAAAUUAUAGAGGCUCUUGGGAAUAACAGAGAAGAGGGACAACUACUUAGUCAGCCCAUAAAAAAUCUAACUACUCAACAAUAAGAUUUCAGCAAGGGGAGUCUAGUAGCAUGAAUCUAGAAAAAAAAUCCAUGAAAGAAAUUAGGAUAGUGAAUGCAUUAAGGAGUGGGAAGAUUUUUCCUGAUCCUUAUCCCCAAAUAGUAAAAGAAAAGAAAAACGUGGAUAGCCCAAAACAAAAUCAAAUAGGAGUAGAAGAGGAUUUUAUAGAUUCUAUCAAAAAAUUCUACAAGAAAGGACAACCAUUUCAUUUCCUAAAGUUCUAGAGCCUAGACAAAGAAAGAAAAAGAACACAAUGAAGAAAUAAAGAAAAUUUUACAAGAUGUGCAAAUUAGUCUUCCUUUACUCACUACCAUUAAACAUAUUCUUGAAUAUGUUAGAGUUUUGAAAGAAAUGUGUAUAAUAAAAAGGGCAACUAGAGUAGAAAAAUUAUCUAUACAUGCUAGUGCUUUAUUAUUAAAUCAAUUAUCAUACAAAUUGAGAGAUACUGGUGCCCCUUUAAUUUCAUGUGAUAUUGGUGAAUUUAUUUUUCAUAAUACAUUACUUGACACCAGUGCUAAUAUUAAUUUAUUAUCUACAAGUAUUUGUGAUAAAUUUAAUAUUACUGAUCUUAAACCUUCUACUGUUACCUUACAAUUUGCUAAUAGAUCUAUAAAACAUCCUAAAAGUAUUUUAGAAAAUGUGAUAGUAAUAAUUAAAGGGUGUAAAUUUCCAGCUAAUUUUGUAGAGCUGAAAAUAGAUUUUAAUAGAUAGUUUUAUGAUACACCAAUCAUCCUCAGGAGACUAUUUUUACAUACAAAAAAGAUGAAUAUUUAUUUUUCCACAAGUAUUGUAAUAAUUUCAUGUGGAGAUCAAUUAGUAGAAAUUAAAAAUUUUGAGGUAUCAAAUGAUCUUAAGAAAUCCCAAGUAUAUGAUUGUCAUAUCAUAGAUGUUUUAGAUGAUUUUGAUGAUCCAGAUGUUAUUGAUGACUGUGUGCUGGAAGAAUUAGAGGAAAUAGAGAAUAUAAAUUUGGGAGAAAAGAAAAAGAAAGAUCAUCCGAAUUUAGAGAUGAGUCCUAGUUUAAAAUAUAUGUUUUUGGAGGAAAAUAAUUUAUUUCUUGUUAUUAUUGUAGUUGAUUUGAGUGAUGAACAAGAAGAAGAAUUGUUAGAUGUACUUCAAAAAAAUAAGAAGGUUAUUAGUUGAAAAAUGGAUGAUCUUAAGGGCAUUGAUAUGAGUGUAUGUAUGCAUAAUAUAUAUCUAAAGGAGGUGAGUAGAACUAGUAGGGAAUCAUAACGAAGAUUAAAUCCUAACAUGAUAGAAAUUGUAAAAAAAAAGUUUAAAGUGGCUGGCUGCUGAUAUUAUUUAUCUUAUUUUAGAUCACAAAUGGAUUAGUCCUACACAAGUGGUGCCAAAAAAAUCAGGGAUUACAGUUAUAAAAAAUGAAAUAAGGAUGAAAUACAAAUAAGAUUAACUACCGGUUGGAGGGUUUGCAUUGAUUAUAGAAAAUUAAAUUUAGUUACUAGAAAAGAUCAUUUUCCCCUACCAUUUACAGAUCAAAUUCUAGAAAAAUUCAUUUGAAAAAACUUUUUUUGUUUUCUAGAUGAAUACUCUAGUUAUAAUUAAAUUUAUAUAAACCCUUUAGAGCAAGAAAAAGUAACUUUCACUUGUCCAUUGAGUACUUUUGCUUUUAAAUGCAUAUCUUUUGGUCUGUGUAAUGCUCCAGCCACAUUUCAAAGAUGUAUGCUGUCUAUUUUGUUCUAAUAUGACUGGAAAAGGCAUGGAAAUUUUAUGGACGAUUUUUCUUUGAGAAAUAUAUAAAGAAAAAGUUAGUUUUGAGUUUGGAGAAAUCACAUUUUAUCGUUUGAGAGGGAGUUGUGUUGGGUCAUAUUGUGAGUGAAAGGGGUUUAGAGGUGGAUAGAUCAAAAAUUGAUAUUAUAUCUAAAAUAAAACCUCUGAAUUCAAUAAAAUAGAUUAGAUCUUUCUUGGGUCAUGUAGGUUAUUAUAAAAAAAUUAUUUAAGAUUUUUCAAAAAACUUUAAACCUCUCACUAUGUUAUUAUCUAAAGAUGUGCCAUUUAAUUUUGAUGAGAAAUGUUUUGAGUCUUUUCUGAAAUAAAAAGAUUGCUUACUUAAGCACCUAUUUUACAAGUUCCUGAUUGGUUUCUUUCCUUUGAAAUAAUAUAUGAUACAUCGAAUUAUGCAGCGUGAGUUGUUCUAAGACAAAGAAAAGAAUCAAAACCCAUAGUAAUUUCAUAUGCUAGCAAAACUAUAGCCGAUGCUCAAUUAAAUUAUACCAUGACUGAAAAAGAGUUAUUAGUUGUAGUAUUUUUGUUAGAAAGGUUAGAUCAUAUAUUUUAGGAGCUAAAAUUAUUAUUUAUACUGAUCAUGUAGCAUUAAAAUAUUUUUUAAAUAAGAAAGAUGCAAAGCCACGUUUAUUAAGAUGGAUUUUAUAGUUACAAAAAUUUGACUUAGAAAUAAAAGAUUAAAAAGGUUUCGAGAAUGUUGUUGUUGACCAUCUUUCUACAUUGAGUGAUACAAGAAUAAACACAACACCUUUACAAGAUGCAUUUCGUGAUGAACAUCAACCAUCACCAUGGUAUGCACAUAUUGUUAAUUUUCUAGUUUCUAAAAAAUAUCCAGAAUAGUGAGAGAAGAACAGAAAAAAUCAUUUCUUUUCUAAGAUCAAAUUUUAAAGAGAUGUGUUUUUGAAGAAGAAUAUCAUAGCAUUCUUAACAUGUGUCAUUCAUCUAACUAUUGAAGACAUUUCUCUAGAUGAAAAAUAAUUACAAAAAAAAUUCAGUGUGGUUUUUAUUGGCCUACAAUCAUUAGAGAUUCUAUGGAAUUUAGUAGAACAUGUAUUACAUACCAAUCUAUAAUUAACAUGAGUAAAAAAGAUGAAAUUCCCAUGAGUAACAUGUUAGUAGUUGAAAUUUUUGAUGUAUGGGGAAUAGAUUUCAUAGGUCCCUUCCCAUCAGCUGAAAAAUAUGAAUAUAUUUUGCUUGUUGUUGAUUAUGUGUCAAGUGGGUGGAAGCUAUUGCUACUAUAACUAAUGGUCAUAAAAUCGUGAUGAAAUUUGUGCAAGAAAAUAUUUUUUCGAGAUUUGAAUGUCCUAGAGUAAUUAUUAGUGAUGAAGGAACAUAUUUUACAAAUAAACAUUUCAGAGAACUGUUGAAAAAGAAUGAAAUACAUCAUAGAGUAGCCACUCCAUAUCAUCCCCAAAUAAAUGGGCAAAUUGAAGUAGAAAAUAAGAAAAUUUUAAACAUUUUGAGAAAAAUAAUUAGACCAGAUAGGAAAGAUUGGCCUACGAAAUUACAAGAUGCAUUAUGGGCUUAUAGAACAGCUUAUAAAAAUUUCAUAGGUAAGUCUCUGUUUCGUCUCAUUUUUAGAAAGCUAUGUCAUCUUCUUGUGAAAAUAGAGCAUAAAGCAUUAUGGGCUAUUAAAUAUUUAUGUAUGGAUGAAAAAAUCAAUUGGUGGACAUAGAAUUUUUCAACUACAUGAAAUAGAGAAAUUGAGGAAUGAAGCUUAUGAAAAUCAUAGAAUAUAUAAAGAAAAAACUAAAACUUUUCAUGAUAAAUAUAUUAACAGAAAAAAAAUUGAUGUUGGACAAAAAGUGUGGUUAUAUGAUUCUAGGCUGAAAUUAUUCUCAAGAAAAUUAAAAUAAAAAUAGACAGGGCCUUAUGUGGUGGAAGAGACAUAUGAUCACAGGGCUGUAAUGAUUAAAGAUCCUAAAAGUGAUCAUAACUAUAAGGUAAAUGGACAGCGGCUUAAACAUUACAUAGAACAUGAAUGUCUUGUAGAAAAAGAAAUUUUAUUAUUAAAAGAAAUUCAAGAGUAAGAUUAAUGUGUCCAGCUGAAGACAUUAAAUUCAGCGUUCCAUGGGAGGCAACCCAUGGUUUUUAUUUCACUCUAUUUAUUUAAUUUUAAGUUCUAUUUUUCUUAGAAUUUUGCAGUACUUAUUUCUGCAUUUAUUUUUUUUCGAAAAAGCACAAGUAGAGUGUAAGAUGAAGUGGAAAAUUAAAAUUGAGGUUGACGUGAUGUCUUUCUAAGCUUUAUCAUUUAUGACAAUAUUUUCAGUGCUUAACUUUACAUAUAUGCAUACUUCACUUGAAAAUUAUAUUUUCGGCAUAUUUUGUUCUAAUUUUUCUGUGUCAUUGAGGACAAUGUCAUUUUUAAGUUGGGGGGUGAAGUAUUAAUUCUUAAUUUAUGUUGUAAGACGAUUAAGAACAUAUGUUUGCAUUUAUUUUCACGCCCACUUAAAACAGCAACUAAAAAAAUUCAGAAAAACUACAUCAUCUAUUUUCUGAUUUUCUAUCAGGAACAAUAGACUGUUAAAAACAGCAGAGAAAAACCAGUCCGAAAUUUGAAAUUCUAGAGAGCCUUUUCUCACAUUUCAAUCCCCUAGACAUAUAUUGCUGAAAUUCGAAAUUACAGCUAUAAAGAGGAUAGUUUUGAUUUAUUUUUGACAAAUUCAUUGUUGCUGAAAAUAGAACUGAAAACAAAAAACAGAACUAUCAAAACUAUGUAAUUUAUAAAUUUUUUACAUCAUAUUGGAUGUACUAAAAAUUAAAUCAAUUAGAUUGAUUGAUAGCAAAAGAUACUAGAAAAAUUAUUAUUGAGCUGAAAGAAUGAUUAGUAGCAUAAAAUGUUGAAAUAUUUCUUAGAUAUAUGAUAGAUAACAUGGAUUUGAUUUUACAAAUUUUCACUUCAUAAUCUUGAUGGAUAAUAUUUACUUGAUGUGAAAAUUUGAUUGAUCAUUUGAGUUUCAUGGAGAUUUUUGCACCUUGAUCUAUAGGACUUGUGAGGAGAAAUCACUUAUUUUGAAAAAAAAAAAGAGAGAGAGUAAUGUGGAAAAUCUAAAAAUGAAGAGUACACAUAGAGGGUGUGAUACAUCAUUCUCAUUGUCGAAAAUCGCGAUAGAAAAACACUUGCUGCAAAAUAAGUGGAUAAAGUGAAAGCCCUAGAAAUGAAGAAUACAUAUGGAAGGUGUGAGUAAUCAUUAUUAUUGUCCAAAUUUGUCUACAGGAAAAGUUACUUAUCCACUAUAGAAAAAAAAGAAGAAAUAUAGUGCAAACUUCAAAAAUCAACCCAUGGAAAAAGGAAAAUGUAAGAUCAAUAUUAUUCUUAGAUGAGAAUUGAUAAUUAAAAUAUCUUGUAAAUAUAUCUAUGAGUGAAGAAAUGAUAAAGAUGUAAAUAGAAGAAGUAAAGUUUAGAUUGUUAUUCUAAGGAGUGCUUAAAUAUUUAAGUGCUUGACAUCAUUCCUAAAUACUUGAUAUAAGAAUCUAAAGUGUCUAAAGGUGCAUCAUUUCUAAUUAUAUUUUUUUUAUGUACUGAAAUAUGAUGUUUUCAGAUUUGUGAUUUUUUCUUCUCAUAAUUCUAUUGCUAAGGGACUAAUAAUGAUUUAAGUUCGGGGGUGUGAUAAGUCUUCUUUAUCAUGAGUUAAUAAUUAAUAAAUAAUAUAGUUUUAGCCUUAACUCAUGAUAAAUAGACUUAUAUUUAUGUUAAAUUAUGAAAAGUAGUUUUGAGUUGAUUAAUGUGAAUUUUUGGCUAAUUAUGUGAUUUUAUACAAAUUUAUAUAAUUUUUAUAAUCUUAUUUUUGAGAUAAAUGAAAAAAAAGAAAUUAAAAUAAAAAUAUAGAGAAAGGGGGGGACCCAUCAGUCAAUCGGGCCUACAAGCGAGUCAAAAGCCCAUUGGGGGGAGCUAUGAACAAGGGCUCAAGUAGUUAUGGACUGAUGGGGGCAUGUGUGCGCCACUUCCCUUCCACGUCAACGGUGGCUGGCCGACUAUGGGGCAAGGAAUGGUAAUACACGUGAGAAAGGGACUCAUUGCUUGGAAAUAUAAUAUUACUAUAUAUUCAUCCAAAACUUUGGCAUACAAUCGAUGUGAAACUAAACCCGCAUCACACCUUCUUUAGAAUGAUUUUGUUUAUUUUAAUACCUAAAAUACCCCUUAGUUAUAACAACAAUCUACCAUGAUGAUGUCACUUUAUAAGGGUAUUAGAGUACUUAUUUCAAUCUCCCUCAUACAAGUGGAUGACUGACGUGGGUUCAAAUCCUACCAGAGUCAAAACUCAUAUUUUUAUCUGAUUAAAUCAUAACAUUCUUGUAGAUUGCCGAUGAAAGAUUAAGCUGCUAGAAUUGCUUAAUCAUCGGUGAAAAUCUUGUCAACGUGAUUCGCAGAGUAUUCUUACUAAAAUUAUUGAAUGAUUCGCAAUAAAAGGAUCGCUAAUUCAUCUAGUAAAGCAUCUUCAAUUGAUUGACGAAUAAGUCAUCGUUGAGAAGAAGACGAUCCACCAGGAAAUAAGUCACCACCUCCUGAGAGCGUACUAGAUGCGAUGAAAAAUCUUCUCUUGCUGCGCGGACCUGAAGAUGAAGCUCCCUGACACGCGCCCCACCUCUAUCUAGCUCCUCUCCAUCAGGUGAUAACUGUCAAAGAGCUGCAAAGUCACCAUUUUUCCACUCUACUAGGUUACAGUCGCCGAAGACAAUUCGAUGACCCAUUUCAUUGAUCUCUAGACUUCACAAGAAGAUCUAGAGAUUGCCCAUGUCAUCUUUGUCCAAGGAGAGUCUUCAAGGCCAUAGACAUUGCACAACAAUCCUUCCAAACACUCAGAAUUUUCGUGCAUCACCAACACAUCGUCGACGUGACGUCGGAACUCUAUUUUCUUACUUUCAACUUAAUUUUUACUUCAUUUAGUGAUAAUUUGUGUGAUUUAAAUUUAUCAAACUAUUCUUCAUUUAAUUACAGUUCUUCUCGCUUUUACAGAUCUUAAUUUGAUUAAUUAAAUCAUCUAUAAUCACUUACAUAAAUAUCACUAGGUGGAACUUUGUUUCAACUCGAUUCGCAUUCGUUAGGUGCUAACGUCAUCUUGAUGUCCGCACCCUUAUUUUCUUUUUUCACAAAUUUUAAAUAUAUUUCAUUUUUAUUUUUUAAUCUAAAAUUCAUAAAAAAAAUGUAUUCUUUAAAAAAAAUUAAAAAAUUAUCUGAUAUUAUUACAUCCGUGUGAUUGACUUGGAAAUUUUUCACUAUUUUUACAAUUUUUAUUGAAUUAUAAUUGAUAUAUUUGUUCACAAAUACUUCUAAAUAUUUAAAAAAUUAUAUUUUCUAAUUUUAUAAAUUUUAAAUUUACAUGAUUUACUAUACAACGACUAAGUUACGUCACCUAACCAUCAAAUUCAACAACCUGUAGGAUUUAAUGAUUUAUCUACGUAGGAAUUAUUAAGGCAGAUGUUGCAAGAACAAAGAGAAUUACAAUAGGAAAUGAGGCAUAUGAAGUUCCAAAUUGAAGGCCGAUAUCAACCUAAUCAAAUCAGAUCAGAUAAUCAUCUUGACAAGAGAAUAGAAAUAGAUAAUAGCAAUAGAGAAUUAGGACAGUUGCCCAUGCAAUCAGAUUCCAACCCAAGAAAUAUGAGAGGACCAUUAAAUCAAUGCCAAGUCCAUCAAUUGGAACUUAACGACCAAAAUCGUGAAACAAUCAAUGGGAUCUCCAAAUUGAGAAAUGGUAAGGUACUUUCGGAUCCAUAUCACGCAGCUGUAGGUGAAGCAUAGGAUGAGGAGGAAGAAAUAGAAGCAUCAAAGGAAAUGAUUUCAACAAAAAAUAAGGGUAAGAAUAAGGAAGGUAUGGAACCCAACCCUUCCACAUAUACACCUCCGAUUCCAUUUCCAUAAGCCUUAUGUGAUGUCAAAUUAAAAAGUGCUGAUUCUAAUGAGAAAAUCCUUGAAAUUUUUAAACAAGUAACAAUCAAUAUACUAUUAGUUGAUGUCAUUCAACACAUUCCAUCUUAUGCGAAAUUUUUAAAAAGUUUAUGCAUUCUAGCAAGGAAGCAAAACAUAAUUCAAUUGUCUGAAACCAUUAGCUCAAUUUUGUUGAAUCAUAUUUGAUGAACUUGAUUUGGAGGUUAAAUAUGUCGUCUUGAUGCAACCAAGUUCAUGCAAAUAACAUUUAUAAAGCCUCACUCUUCCGUUUAGGAUAAGUAAGGGCCGAUCCUUAGGGAGUGUGAGUAAUGAGAGUAAGAAUUCUACUUAAUUUUAUUUCUAUAUAUAUAUAAAGAUAUGCUUGAGAUUGUAAGGGUGGAAUUAAUUUAAUAAGGGUAAAGAUAAGGAAAAUGAAAAUUAUGGCAAAGGGGAGAGAAUGAAUCUAACGCAAUAGAAUGAUAGAAUAAAUGAUAAAACUAGUUCAAAUUAAAAAUUAAUCUAUCUAUAGAGAAGAUUACAAGGACAUCCCAGAUCUAGAUCUUGCACAAACCUCAUUGUGCGUUAGUCCUAGGCUGAGUGGUGCUUGAUUUGUGAUGAUCUUGAUGCGUUCCAGGUAGUCUCUUCUCCACAAUGAUUUUAGGCACAAGAAUGUUGUUGUCCAGGCCUUGAUUUCCCUCUUAUUUCCUCUAGCUAGCCACUACUAGAGAGAGAGUCAAAAAGUGUCCUCCAAGAGGAGGACAAGAGGCCUUAAACCUCUAGAAAAUUAGGCGCCUCCAAUAGAUAGUUAUGAUUAAUAAUCGACUCUCUUGGUGGAUAGUCUAGAUUCUUCCAUGAGGACGGCGCUCUAAUUCUCCUCUUAAUCUCAUCUUAAGAUGUCUUAAGAUGGGCAGCUUAGUUCUCAUCUCUUAAUAGCCCUUUUAAGUCCAAAUGGGCUAGGCCAAAGUGACACCCUCUCUUGGGCCUAUAAACAUAUUAGGCCAGCCUUCAUAAGACUUGGGCUUUCCUUGGGUUGAAGACUUGAGCUUCUUUCAUUACUUCUAGCUCAUAAUAAGAGCUCACCUGAGUCCUUGCAAUCAAAUAAUUAUCAACAGAAUGUGAGAGAAUCAUUACUUGACUUCAUAAAAGUCAAGUGGGGUUAGUCUCAUAAUCUCAAUAAAAUAAGUAAAAUAAUAUGUAAUAGAACUUAAAUGAUGAAACAUUAUGAAUGACAUAAUGAGUUAGUAACACAUGUAUAAUUGCAUUAUCUACCCACUAAUUAAUAUCUAUAUAUAAGAUACUAACUAUUAAUUUAUAAUUAUCAAUAUUGUAACUAAGAAGUGUGAUCUAGGUGCUCCACUAAUCAAAUACGAGAUCUAAGGUAUGGUUUUCACACAUUCAUUACUUGAUUCAAGAGCUAGUGUGAAUAUUUUACCUAAUCAGGAUCUAGGCUUUUUAUGAUUUAUAUAAAAUUGGUGAUUUACAGCCCCUCUUGGUAGAAUUGUAGCUAAUAGAUGGAUCAUUCUGUCAAACUUAUGAAAUAUUAGAGGAUGUAAUCGUGAAGAUAGAAAAAUGUUAUUUUCCUAUUGAUUUUAUUACUGUUUAUAUGAAGAUCAUGGAGAACAUAAGCCAUGCUCCAAUUAUCCUCAGAAGGCCAUUCUUGGCCAUAGUUAAAGCCACAAUGGAUUGGAGAAAAUGAACCGCAGAGCUAAAGUUUGGUCAAGAGAGAGUAGAAUUAAAUAUCUCAAAAUAAUUGAAAUAUCUAGAUUACUCUGAAAAUUUGUGUAAUAUUGAUAUCAUUGAUGAGUGUGCAAAUGAGCUUUGUAGCAGAGAGACAAGCUGUGCGUUGGAGGAUUCAGUGAACUCAAUUGAGAUAAAUUUCUCCAAAUCAAUCCAGCACUAUGCCAAAUUUGAAGCCAUUGUCUACACAUAUGAAGUAUGCAUUUUUGGGAUCAUUCAUUCCUUUGAUUAUUUUAUCUUCAUUAAGAAGCUGGAAGGAAGAUUAAUCGAGAUAUUAAAAAAAUACAAAGCGGCGAUUGGGUGGACUUUAACAGAUAUAUAAGGCAUCAGCCCUGAGGAAUGUAUGCAUCAUAUUUCUAUUAAAGAUAAUGCUCGACCAAUAAGAGAUGUGCAGCGAAGAUUAAAUCUAACGAUACUUGAAGUAAUCAAGGCUGAGAUUAUAUAGUAGUUGAAUGCGGAGAACAUCUAUGUAAUCUCUGACAGCCUAUAGGUGAUGUGACUUAGUCGUUGUAUAGUAAAUCACGCAAAUUUAAAAUUUAUAAAAUUAGAAAAUACAAAUUUUUAGAUAUUUAGAAGUAUUUAUAAACAAAUAUAUCAAUUAUACUUCAAUAAAACUUUCAAAAAUAGUGAUAAUUUUCCAAGUCAAUCACAAGGAUGUAAUAUAAUAUCUAGUAAUUAUUCAAAAUUUUCCUCAGAAUACUAUUUUCUAUAAAUUUUAUACUAAGAAAUAAAAAGAAAAUAUAUUUAAAAUUCACGAAAAAGAAAAAUAAGGGUGCAGACAUCAGGAUGACAUCAGCACCUGACGAAUGUGAAUCAAACAAAAAUAGAGUUCCGCCCGACGAUUUUUACGUAAGUGAUUACAGACAAUUUAAUUGAUCAAAUUAAGAUCUGUAAAAGUCAGAAGAAUUGUAAUUGAAUGAAGUAUAUCUUGGUAAAUUUAAAUCACACAAAUUAUCACUAAUGAAGUAGAAAUUAAGUUGAAAGUAGGAAAAUAGAGUUCCAAUAUCGCAAUGGCGAUAUGUCAGCGAUGCACCAGAAUCUUAAGCAUUUGGGAGGAUCGUUGUGCAGUGUCCACGGCCUCGAAGGCUUUCCUUGGACAAGGACGGUGUGGGCAAUCUUUAGAUCUCCUUACAAAGUCUAGAGAUCAAUGAAAUGGGUCAUCGAAUUGUCUCCGGCGGCUGUCACUCAAUGGAGCGGAAAAACGGCGACUUUGCGGCUCUCCAAUAGUUGUCACCCGACGGAGAGGAGCUGGAUGGAGGUGGGGCACGUGUCAGGGAGCUUCAUCCUCAGGUCCGCAUAGUAAGAGGAAGCUCUUCAUCACAUCCGGUAUGCUCUCAGGAGGUGACGACUCAUCUCCCGGCAGAUCGUCCUCUUCCCGACGACGGCUUGUUCGUCGAUCAAUCGGAGAUGCUUCACUCAAUGGAUUCGCAAUCUUUGUUUCACGAAUCAUUCAGCAAUUUUAGUAACAAUGCUCCGCGAAUCAUGUUGGCGAGAUUUUCGCCGAUGAUCUAGCAAUUCUAGUAGCUUAAUCCUUCACCGGCGAUUUGUAGGAAAGUCACAAUAAUUAGAUAAAAGAUAUGAGUUUUGGUUCUUGGAGGAUUCGAACUCGCGCCAGUUGCCCGCCCUUUCUGGGGAAGGUGUGGCGUGAGUUUAGUCCCACAUUGCUUGUGCGCCGAAGUUUUUGACGAAUAUAUAGUAAUAUUACAUUUGCAAUCAAGUCCCUUUCUCGUGCAUGUACGACCACUCCUUGCCCCACAACCGGCUGGCCACCGGUGACGUGGAAGGGGAGUGGUGCACACGUGCCCCAAUCGGUCGUAGCCGCUCGAGCCCUUGUUCGCGGUUCCUCCUUGACUACACUUCCGACCCACUUGCGGGCCCGGCUGACCAGUGGGUCCCCCCCCCCCAUUUUGCUAUAUUUUUAUUUUUAUUUCUUUUUCUUCAUUUAUCCUAAAAGUAAGACUAUAAAAAUCAUAAAAAUUCGUAUAAUUACCCAAAAUUUCACAUUAAUCAAUUGAAAACUACUUUUCACACUUAACACAAAUUUAAGUCUAUUUAUCAUGAGUUAAGGCUAAAACUAUAUUAUUUACUAAUUAUUAACUCAUGAUAAUGAAGACUUAUCAAUGGGUAAGUCCUAUUGACAUGACUUAGUCAUUGUAUAGUAAAGCACACAAAUUUAAAAUUUAUAAAACUAGAAAAUACUAAUUUUCAGAUAUUUAGAAGUAUUUCUGAACAAAUAUAUCAAUUAAAUUUAAUAAAAAUUACAAAAAUAGUGAUAAUUUUCUAGGUCGAUCACAGGGAUGUAAUCUAAUAUCAAGUUUUCAGAAUUUUUCUCAAAGAAUACUAGUUUCUAUGAAUUUUAUAUUAUAAAAUUAAAAUAAAAUAUAUUUAAAAUUCAUGAAAAAAGAAAAUAAAGGUACGGACGUCAGGAUGAUGUCAACACCUGACGAACACGAAUCAUGUAGAAAUAGAGUUUCACCUAAUGAUUCUUACGUAAAUGAUUAUAAAUGAUUUAAUUGAUCAAAUUAAGAUCUGUAAAAGCCGAAAGAAUCGUAAUUGAAUGAAGUAUAACUUGGUAAAUUUAAAUCACAUAAACUAUCACUAAAUGAAGUAGAAAUUAAGUUGAAAGUGGGAAAACAGAGUCCCGACGUCGCGGCGGUGAUGCGUCGGUGAUGUACUAGAAUCCUGAGCGUUCAGGAGGAUUAUUGACGUGACUCAGUCGUUGUAUAUUAAAUCACGUAAAUAUAAAAUUUAUAAUACUAGAAAAUACGAAUUUUUGGAUAUUUAGAAGUAUUUCUAAAUAAAUAUAUCAAUUAUAAUUCAAUAAAAAAUUCCAAAAAUAGCAGUAAUUUUCCAGGUCGAUCACAGGGAUGUAAUAUAAUAUCUGGUAUUUAUUCAGAAUUUUUCUCAAUGAAUACGAUUUUCUAUGAAUUUUAUACUAGGAAAUAAGAAGGAAAUAUAUUUAAAAUUCACGAAAAAAAAAGAAAUAAGGACGCGGACGUCAAGAUGACGUCAGCGCCUGGCGAACGCGAAUCGGGCAGAAACAGAGUUCCGCCCGGCGAUUCUUGCGUAAGCGAUUACAGACGAUUUAAUUAAUCAAAUUAAGAUCUGUAAAAGCCGGAAGAAUCGUAAUUGAACAAAGUAUAUUUUGGUAACUUAAAAACACAAAAAUUAUCACUAAAUGAAGCGUAAAGUAAAUUUAAAGCAGGAAAACAGAGUUCCGGCGUCACGACGGCGAUGCGUCGGCGAUGCACCGGAAUCCUGAGCGUUCGGGAGGAUCGUCGUGCAGUGUCCACGGCCUCGAAGGCUCUCCUUGGACAAAGACGACGUGGGCAAUCUCUAGAUCUUCUCGCGAAGUCUAGAGAUCAAUGAAGUGGGUCGUCGAAUUGUCUCCGGCGGCUGUCACCCGGCGGAGUGGAAAAACGGCGACUUUGCGGCUCUCCAGCGGCUGUCACCCGACGGAGAGGAGCUGGAUGGAGGUGGGGCGCAUAUUAGGGAGCUUCAUCCUCAGGUCUACGCAGCAAGAGGAGGCUCUUCAUCGCAUCUGGUACGCUCUCAGGAGGUGGCGACUCGUCUCCUAGCGGAUCGUCCUCUUCCCGACGAUGGCUUGUUCGUCGAUCAAUCGGAGAUGAUUUACUCGAUGGAUUCGCGAUCCUUUUAUCGCGAAUCGUUCAGCAAUUUUAGUAGCAAUGUUCCGCGAAUCGCGUUGACGAGAUUUUCGCCGAUGAUCCAGCGAUUCUGGUUGCUUAAUCCUUCACCAGCGAUCUGCAGGAAAGUCGCGAUAAUCAGAUAAAAAUAUAUGAAUUUUGACUCUGGGAGGAUUUGAACCCGCACCGGUUGUCCGCCCCUUCUGAGGAAGGUGUGACGCGGGUUUAGUCCCACAUCGGUUGUGCGCCGAUUUUUCAGGUGAAUAUAUAGUAAUGUUAGCUUUUUAAGCAAAGUCCCUUCUCUCACGUGUACGACCACUCCUUGCCCCACAGCCGGCUGGCCACCGAUGACGUGGAAGGGGAGUGGCGCACACGUGCCCCUAUCGGUCCAAGCCGCUCGAGCCCCUGCUCGCGGCUACUCCCUGACUGAGCUUCCGACCCACUUGCGGGCCCGGCUGGCCGGCGGGUCUCCCCCAUUUUGCAAUAUUUUAGUUUUAUUUCUUUUUCUUCAUUUAUCUCAAAAGUAUAAAAAUCACAUAAAUUCGUAUAAAAUCACAUAAUUACCCAAAAAAUCACAUUAAUCAACUGAAAACCACUUUUCACACUUUAACACAAAUAUAAGUCUAUUUAUCACGAGUUAAGGCUAAAACUAUAUUAUUUACUUAUUAUUAACUCAUGAUAAUGAAGACUUAUCAAUCAUUGUGUAGUGUCCAUGCCUUCAAAGGCUCUCCUUGGACAAGGAUGACGUGGACAAUCUCUAGAUCUCCUUGCGAAGUCUAGAGAUCAAUGAAAUGAGUCAUCGAAUCGUCUUCGGCAAUUAUCACCCGGCGGGGCAGAAAAAUGGCGACUUUGGGGCUCUCCGGCAGCUAUCACCCAAUAGAGAGGAGCUAGAUGGAGGUGAGGCAUGUGUCAGGGAGCUUCAUCCUCAGGUCCGUGUAGUAAGAGAAGGCUCUUCAUCGCAUCCAGUAUGCUCUCAGGAGAUGAUAACUCGUCUCCUAGCGGAUCAUCCUCUUUCUGACGAUGGCUUGUUUGUCGAUCAAUUGGAGAUGAUUUACUCGAUAGAUUCGCAAUCCUUUUAUUGCAAAUCAUUCAGCAAUUUUAGUAACAAUGUUCCGCAAAUCGUGUUGAUAAGAUUUUUCCCAAUGAUCAAACAAUUCUAAUGGCUUAAUCCUUCACCGGCGAUUUGUAGGAAAGUCGCGAUAAUUAGAUAAAAAUACAAAUUUUGGCUCUUGGAGGAUUUGAACUCGCAUUGUUUGCCCCCCUACAUGAGAGAUAUUGAAAUAAGUACUUUAAUAUCCUUAUCAAGUGACAUCAUCAUGGUAUAUCUCUAUUAUAACAAAGGGGUAGUUUAAGUAUUAAAAUCUUCGAAGCUUUUCAAGGGAAGGUGUGACACGAGUUUAGUCCCACAUCAUUUGUGUCGAAGUUUUAGGUGAAUAUAUAGUAAAAUCACAUUUGCAAGUAAUGAGUCUCUUUCUCCCGCAUGUACGACCACUCUUUGUCCCACAACUAGCUGGCCACCAGUGAUGUGAAAAGGGAGUGGCAGACAUGUGCCCCCAUCGGUCCUAGCCGCUCGAGCCCCUGCUCGUGGCUCCCCCCCCCGAAUUACGCUUCUAACCCACUUACAAACCCAGCUGGCCAGCAGGUCCCCCCCUCUUGCUAUAUUUUUAUUUUAAUUUCUUUUUCUUUAUUUAUCUCAAAAAUAAGACUAUAAAAAUCAUAUAAAUUCGUAAAAAAUCACAUAAUUAGCCAAAAAUUCACGUUAAUCAACUAAAAACUACUUUUCACACUUUAACACAAAUAUAAGUCUAUUUAUCAUGAGUUAAGGCUAAAACUAUAUUAUUUACUAAUUCUUAACUUAGAUAUACAAGGCAAAGGCCUUGAGGUAUGUAUGCAUCAUAUUUCUAUUGAAGAUAAUGUUCGACCAAUAAGAGAUGUGCAGCAAAGAUUAAAUCCAACGAUGCUUGAAGUAAUCAAGGCUGAGAUUGUAAAGUAG